GUGAAAGUGCUCUUGUGCUUUUUGUCCAGGCUCCUUCAGAUCUCCUCAGGGCUGCAAGAGGUUCUCCGCGAGAGUGAAGGAGGGAUGCUGGACCUCUGGCCUUUUGUGUUUGGUCACUGCUUGCUCUCGUUUUGUCUCCUCUUGUGUCAGGCGGAGCUCCAGAGGUCUUGCUCUCAGCACGGCAUACACAGAGGAGCAGAGGGGUGCCAGCUGCUGUGCCCCUGCAGUACAUACCCUCCUGUACCUCCUCCUCCACCUCCACCUCCUCCACCCCGAGGACUGACCGCUGCGGCUCCGGAGGCUUCCGCUCCUCUGCCGAGGCCCUGGUGGAUGGAGAUCAUCAUGGUUGGGACAAUAGGAAUUGCUUUGGCUGUCUUUCUGUUGCUGAUUUAGUCCAUUAGCU